AUGAAAAGACAUCAACUGCAAGCGCUGACAUUUAUGCUCCAAAGAGAGCAAGGUUGGGCCUGGGAUGGCAGCAGAGCAGACCUUUGGGAAUUCGUUUCUGAGAGCACUGGCUCUUACUUUGUCAACAGGGUCUCCGACGCAGUUCAAACAGAGCCGCCGCAGCAAUUUUAUGGUGGGAUUAUCGCAGACUCUAUGGGCUUAGGCAAGACAUUAUCCAUGAUUUCUCUAGUAGCAUCCGAUCUACUCGUGGAUAGAAACGAUCCAAUCUCAAUCACUGGGGCCAAUGCUGAAGAAUCUUCUGGUCGAACAUUGAUCGUCGUACCACCCCCUCCUCAUUUCAUCCGAAAUAGCGAUUCUCGAAUGGCUCGUGCCAUAUGUUCGAUGAACUCGGUUUCUCGAUGGGCUGUAACAGGCACGCCCAUCCAGAACAGACUCGGUGAUCUCACAGCACUCCUCAAGUUUCUCCAAGUCUAUCCUUAUUCGGAAGAACAUAAAUUCAACACAGAUAUCUCUCAUUUGUGGAAAAUCGGCAAGAUAGAUGAGGCAGUAAAACGCCUGAAGCGCCUCGCGGGUUGUAUCCUUCUGCGUCGCCCCAAGACUGUUAUUCAGUUACCACCAAGACAUGACUUCCAACACUUUGUGGAGCUGGCCCAAGCAGAAAGAGAUCUAUACCAGGCAUUCAAAAUGCGCACUCUAUCUCACAUUGAGCAAGCCCUCUCUGCAGGUGGCGGGAUUGGGAGGACACACUCUUAUGCCAAUAUGCUACAAAGAAUCGAAGCAAUGCGCAUGGUUUGCAAUCUUGGUUUGUAUUAUAAGAUGCGAUAUGAUCUCGAGACAUAUAACGAGCAGACGUCCCAAAACUGGACAGCAGUUGCGCAACAGAUUGUCGUUUUCUCUUCCUGGCGAACUACCCUCGAAAUUAUCGAGGUUGGACUCAAGCACGCAUGCAUACCCUGUCUACGAUUCGACGGCAAAGUGGCACAGAAAGACAGGCAUGCCGUAAUCGAGCGGUUUCGCAAAGACCCAACGAUUCGCGUGCUCCUGGUGACACUAUCGUGCGGCGCGGUUGGUCUUACAUUGACGGAGGCCUCCAGGGCCUAUCUUAUGGAACCUCACUGGAAUCCAACGCUUGAAGACCAGGCGCUGGCUCGAAUUCACCGUAUCGGACAGACGAAAGAAGUAAACACUAUUCGAUUCAUUAGGGUCGUAGAACUACAAAAAUCCAAGACGGAUUUGGCCGAGGUAAUACACCGUCAGAAUGAGGGCAACCAACAAGAUGGAACCCAACGGCCGCUAGAGUGGCUAAAGGCGCUUAUAUAA